AUGCUGCCCAGCCUAAGUGUGCCAACGCAAGGUGAUCCAGCGCCGGGAGGCGACUGCCGGCGUGCCUACGCGCUCGAGGAGCUCGAGUGCGCUGAGUGCACAGUUGUAGGAUUGCCGGACAUGAGCCGCAUACGAAGUCAUUCGCAGAGCUGGGGUGCUGCCUGUCGUUGCGCGCUGGGCAAGGUCCACGCCGGGAUACGAGGGAGCACCGGGCAACCGGGUACAGUACGCGAGGCGCUGGACGAGCUCCUUGGAAGGGCGGGCGACGCAUCGCUAGAUCUAGGUGCUCGAGACGCUUCAGCUUUGGAGGAAGAUCAAUGCUUGGUCUUGAGCGAUAUUUGUCAUGUAGACCGGCUAAUAGAGCUGUAUGCCACGUCCAGCGAGCCUACCUGCGAACUGAGGCUGCAGUCGUCUGGUCCUUGGAGCUUGGGUACUUUGUCAGGAUGGCUCACAAGUGGCGUUGCACGCACUCUGCUAGACACCCGGCGGAUAGAGCCAUAUUGGAGGAGCGAGGCGGGGGAGUACGGUGUCUAUCAAGCUAGGCGCGAAAGCGAACUCGCGAAGUACUACGAUGGAGCAGAUUCCGUCCGGCUUUCUGUGCGCAGAGGACGGGGUAGUGCGCAUGCAGCAAAGUACACUCGAAGAGGCGGUCGGUUGCGGCCGCGUCCGCUGUCCGAGUCCUUCCUCCUCGUCGUCGUUCCCCUCAGCGCCGCAUGGGUGCUCAAACUGGCUGCUAUUCGUCAUCUUCAGACCCUGUGUCUCUCCGACUGUCCUGUGUCUCGCUCCUACGCCUCGCAUCGCACACAAGCGGUUGACAUCCAGAAGAAUCUAACGAUGGACCUCCAGUCUCUGCAGACCGUAUUCUACAACGGCGCCGUAUUGGGCUACAAACGGUAUGCGCCAGGAUACUACAAGUCCGACGCGCGAUCGACCGACCCUGCAUAUAUACACGACAUUUCUGUCAACCCGCCGACGCCCCACAACUUCGCCCGCAACAUAAAUCAUGAUCCUUGUACACAUAUCGCGCAUCCGAACCUCGCCCAACUGCUUGCGCCGACAACGCCACCGUCACGCGUAAAGGAAUAUUCGAACCGUCCCAGCAUGUGCCUCCAUCCUCGCAUCCUCGACUACGCUCAAAUCUUUGCCCAUCGGCACCGUGUUGAGGUCUCCCGAUUUGUCCAGGUCGUUUCUACGGCGAUGACUACCUGCGUAUCGUGCCACGCAGAAGCCGACCCCGAACUACACCGCCCGCCCAUGCAUAUUCGGAACAUGCGCGGACAACUGCCGCAGGGACAUGUACCUUUGCUUUACUCUCGGAGGUGCCGCCAUCUUGAGCCACACUCAGGCUCGCGACUUCCGCCCGUGAUCUCCGCAGCUGUCGUUGUACAUCUUGAGGUCACUGCGCCGCUGCAAGUCCCCGUCGCCCCUCUGGUGUUGACCGGCGACCUGUCGCUCGCCUACAGUCCCGCGGAGUUUGACGAUGGCUCGGUUAAGAGGCGUUUGAAAAAGAUCGUCGUGAUCAUUGGGUCUCUUCUAGUCCAAUCGUCUGCGACGCCGGCAAUGCUCUUCGCACAACUGAGGAGCGCUCUAGAUGGUAUCUGGUACUCGUACAGGCAUGGUGCAGGGGGGCCCGACGAGUCCGGUCGGCGGGUAUUCAGCGUCUCACCGGGUCCUUUCUCUGCUGAAUCUCCGCGAUUCAAUGGUUUUGAUUUGGACAUGCAACGGCGCGAACGACACGGAGGAAGACGCAUAGAUAAGCUAAUCUCUCAAGACUAA